AUGAACAAUGGCCUUAGCAUGAGGGCAAAACGGUACAAUUUCGAUGGUCGAACGGGUGCGAUUUUGCGACUUGCUAUGGCUAGCAAACCUGUGGGUGAUAUUUUGUCCCCAUCGAAUUCAGGCGCUGGCUUCAGUUCAGGCUCAAAUUUAACAAGGUCAUGCUGUGAACGCAUCGGCGAGGCUGACAUAAGUUGUGGGAUGGGUAGUGUCAAGGUGCUAACCCGCACCAUUUUUGUGGCGACAGCGGUUUGGUAUUCUUUUGCUCUUGGCUGGGCCUUUAGCAGCGCCCGGGGGCAGAGGACCGUCAGGAACUGCAGUGUUCGAGAUCGAUCAUCGCUCACCAGACAUGCCGUGAAGUUCAUGUCCAAGAGGAAAGCGAGUUACGGGCCCGUGGAUGUUGAAGCUUUCUACGCUGAGACCAUCACUGGUUCGGGCGGUGCCCCUCAAGGUUUGGAGCGAGAUUUGAUUACCAGAUUCUUCGGCGAUGGUGACUUCCACGGACAUGGGGAUCAUGAGGCUGCAUUGAAGAACUUCCGCGAAUGCUUGGAGAAGGGUGAGCCCUUCGUGGGGUCCGACGAUGGCAACGGCUGGAUUUGGGCCGUGGCCGACCUCACGGUGCAAGAUGGGCUGUCGUUGGAGCUGCGGAAGUCCGUGCCCUACGGGCUGCGCGCGUUGCUGGUGGCGAAGCAGGGCGCGGUGGGCGAAAUGUUCGAGAAGCUCAACUGGGGUGUGGUGAGGAGACGGCUGAAUGAGCUGUUAGGUCAGCGAGAUGCAGAAGGAAACACGAUCCCCGGUUACCAGCCUCCAUGA